CGGACAUCUCUUGCCCGGAAACAUACAUAUACGAGGUUAUAGCUCAACUUUAUUGGUGAACAAUGGCUCCAAAUUUGCCGGGUCUUCGAGCAUCAUGCGAGGCUUGCCGAGUAAAGAAGAUCAAAUGCACAGGAGAACGUCCGAUCUGCUCCAAAUGCAGGAUCUCCGACCGGGAAUGCUAUUACUCUCCCCACAAGCCCAUGGGUAGGCCGACAUCACGUCGCGUCCGUCCUCAAUCGUCCCAACCAAUCCGUCGGGAACGGAUACUGCCUCGGCGGAAUGCUUCGACCAGAUUGCUCUCUCCCGUUCAUACAGAUGCUGCAUCGGACUCUGGGAGCAGCAAUACACGAGAAAUCGAUGCUCUUCUCGGGUCAACGAGCCCGCGAAUUAGCUCCCCUCUCAAUGCGGAGACUUUUGCGAUCCACCCAGAACUCAUUGACUUGGAAGAUAAUCAAGGGCCCAGUCAAGAUCUUGUAUCUGAAGGUCUUGCAGCUUUCCCUCCCCUUGCCUCAGACAAUCAGCAAACGACGGAUAAUUGCGCCUGUCUUUCAGUACUGUACCUUUUGCUCGAGCACCUUCGGGUGAAAGAACAUCUUGUAGCACCGGAUGACUUCGCGCUACUCCGAAAUACCUUCGAGCCGGCUUUACAGGUUCUGAACUGCCAAAGAUGCCCGCGCCGGUACUUCUCAAUCAUACAGAACGCUGCUCUGCUUGGUGUUCUCUGUCUUUGUCUUACAGAGUCGUAUAAGAGAAUGCUUACAUCAAUCUCAAAAGAAGAGACUAGAGCGACAGAAGCCGGCGAGAAGAAGCGUCUUGGAAUCCAUGGCGCAUUACCGGGUUCAUCGGCCUAUGGAGAACCGUCGUCCACAAGCGCCCCAAGCCUGUUCUCUGUAGAGGUAUCACCAUUAGAAUGGGGUAAACUAAUGCGAAACAUCGUGAGAUCGGAAGUCCUUGGAGCCGAGGGUCAAAAGGAUAACAAAUGA